AUGUAUGGCACAUUGUCUAUCCUGUUAUCUGUACCUAUCUUUCAGGUCAGAGCUCGUAGUAUAGGCAGCGUAGGAGUGUUUACUUUACUUAUCAGUGCUUUGCACUUUUUCAGUGCUUUGCACUUUAUCAGUGCUUUGCACUUUAUCAGGUCAGAGCUCGUUGUAUAG